AUUGGUUGGUUUAGUUUGGAUCACGGGAAAUUCAUUUGUCCUGCUCUUGUAGUUAGCUUAGUGACGUUCGAACCCUUUUUGGAAAGUAAAAUCAGUAAAAUGUGGGACUGGGUGGUUGAGUGCAAUGCAGUUUUCUGAUUUUGUGCUUUUUAAUGUUUUGUUUCGUGGUUCUGGGGGCGGGUUUUGUUGUUUAACUAUUGAAGAAUGAGCUGCUCUUAUGUUGGCUAUCUUAGCCAUUGUGUUUAUGCAGCAGUAUCAGCGGAGACAGAGGAUGUUGUGACAGCAGAGACCAUUCAAAAUGCUUUUCGUCAGACAGAGGAAGGAUUUACGGCCCUUGUUUCUGAGUUGUGGACUACUAAACCCAAUUUGGCAACUGUAGGAACAUGCUGUCUGGUUGGGGUGAUAUGUCAGGGGACCCUAUUUGUGGCAAGUCUUGGAGAUUCCCGUCUUGUUUUGGGGAAGAAAGUGGGCAACACUGGGGAAGUUGCUGCUAUUCAGUUAUCCACCGAACACAAUGCGAAUCUCGAUGAGAUUAGGUACGAGCUAAGAGAGCUGCACCCACAUGAUUCUCAAAUUGUCGUUUUAAAGCAUGGAGUUUGGAGAGUAAAAGGAAUCAUCCAGGUUUCUAGAUCCAUAGGUGAUGUAUAUAUGAAACAUGCACAGUUUAACAGGGAGCCAAUUGCUGCAAAAUUCCGACUUCCUGAACCAAUGAACAUGCCUAUCAUGUCUGCCACUCCAACUAUUCUUUCUCAUGCUCUGCAUCCAAAUGAUUCUUUUCUUAUCUUUGCGUCUGAUGGUCUAUGGGAACACUUGAGUAAUGAACAAGCUGUUGAGAUUGUCCACAAGCAUCCUCAUGCAGGAAGUGCCAAAAGGCUUGUUAAGACAGCGCUCCAAGAAGCUGCAAGAAAACGAGAAAUGCGUUAUUCAGAUCUUCGGAAAAUAGACAAGAAAGUGCGGCGCCAUUUUCAUGAUGAUAUAACUGUUAUUGUUUUAUUCUUGAACCAUGACCUAAUCUCCAGAGGCACAGCGCAAGAACCCCCAGUCUCAAUAAGAAGUGGUCUUGAUCACUAAUAAUUAUAUAACCAGACAUGUCUCCGCUACCCUUGAUUUUGGUUGAUUCCUCCGAUAAAGAAUUCUCAUGAUGCAAGAGUAGCACUGAUAAACUGCCAGGAUCCUGGGACAAAGUUCAUGAGUGAAGAGGCUUGAAAGCUUUGUUGGUUAUAAGAGGCUUAAGCUUUAAGUGCUAGAAAAUUGCUUUACAGAUUCAUGUAAUACCCUGCUAUAAAUUGUUAAAUGCAUGAUGUUUGCCUCUCAAAUACUAAAAGUGAGAGCUGAAGUUUUACUUUGUUUAUAUAAUUUCUGAAAUUAACCAA